CAACAAAUGAAAAAGACAGUAAGACAGUCAUUCAUGCUUCAACUAGCCACUAAAGAAAGAAAGUUAUCUUUUUCAUUUUCUUCUUUUUGUUUUUGAACCAAAACAAAUGUUAUAAUAUCAUUUUCUUGUUGACAUCUUAAUUGAGUUCUCUCUAGAUUUUUUCUUUGCUCAAAAGACUGAAGAGUAUUCAAAGUAGACUCCUCUCUCUCUCUCGGUCUCUCUCUUCCUAUCUUCUCUUCUGAAGAGCAAAAGUCUAAGCCAUUAAUGCUUCACUGGCUUCAAAAAAGCACCAUGUGAGAGCACUAAAUGCAAUACUGCAUUAAAUCCAGGUACCCCACUUAUCAUCUUCAACUACUACUAAACAAAAUCUUUGGAACUUACCUUCUUCCUUGUGGGUUUUGUCUCUGUUACUUAAAUCAAAUGUGACAUGUGCUUUGUAAGCUCUGUGAAAGAGUAAAAAAGUCUCUGCCUUUAUUCUGAGUAAAUUGCUGGAAAAGCUUGGUUUUUGAGCUUGUGGGGUAAAACUGGUCGUUCUUACUCUGCUGCUUUUUUUCUAAAACGAAGAAGAUUCAAUCAUUGAGCCUGAACUUGCCACCAUAUUCCUGAAGAGUUUGUCAAUAUUCCACUGAUAUUAUAUUGGUCUCGUUUGCGUUUCCAUUAAAUGACAGGUCUUUAUUGAGUUCUUGGGUCAUAACAAGAAAAAGUGAGAUCCUUUAAUGGGGUGUAGUAAUAUGCUCUUGAUUUUCUUAUUUAUCUGGAGUUUUUCUUUUCUGGGUACUUACCAACUUCAGUCCUCUCAAACCCAAGUUCUUCUACAGCUAAGAAAGCAUUUGGAGUACCCAACAGAGUUAGAAAUUUGGCAAGAUCAUAGCAGAGAUUAUUGCUUCAUUUCUUCAAGUACACAAGUUAACCUCACAUGUCAGGACAAUGUUGUCACUGAGCUCAGAAUUAUUGGAGAUAAGUCAAUUAAGGUGAGUGAUUUUAAUGGCUUUGCUAUUCCAAAUCAAACUUUGUCAGAGAGAUUUUCAAUUGAUUCUUUCUUUACCACACUGGCAAGGCUUAAUAAUCUGAGAGUUCUUAGCCUUGUGUCUUUGGGCAUCUGGGGUCCAAUUCCAGACAAAAUUCAUAGACUCUAUUCCCUUGAAUAUCUAGACUUGAGUUCAAAUUUUUUCUUUGGUUCAAUUCCACCUAAAAUCUCAGAAAUGGUGAAGCUUCAAACUCUUAUAAUGGACAACAAUUUCUUGAAUGGAACUGUUCCAAGUUGGUUUGAUUCAUUAAUUGAUCUGAGUAUUUUAAGCUUGAGCAACAACAAAUUGACAGGUCCAAUUCCAUCUUCAAUUCAGAAAAUAACCACUCUCACCAAUCUUACUAUAGCUAACAAUGAUAUAUCAGGGAAAUUACCAGAUCUUAGUGCCUUAAGAAGCCUUUAUGUGCUAGAUUUGAGUGGGAACAAAAUUACCUCAUCACUAUCUCCAAUGCCAAAAGGGUUGGUCAUGCUGUUUCUUUUCAACAACUCAUUCUCAGGUGAGAUUCCACAGCAAUAUGGCCAAUUACAAGGCCUUCAAAACCUUGACUUAUCAUCCAAUUAUCUAACAGGCAUGCCUCCAGCUAAACUUUUCUCUUUGCCUAAUAUCAGUUACUUGGAUUUAGCAUCAAACAUGCUAAGAGGUUCACUUUCGAACCAUCUAAGUUGUGGGAGUAAGCUAGAGUUCGUAGAUAUAUCGAAUAACAAGUUCACAGGUGGAUUGCCUACUUGUUUAAGCUCUAAAUCAGAUAAAAGACUUGUUGAGUUUGAUGGGAAUUGUCUAUCAAUAGAUAUGCAGAAUCAGCAUGAACAAUCACAUUGUGAAGAAGUGAAAAACCAGAAGAGUAAUAAACAAUCUCGAGGCAAUACAGCAAUUCUAGUUGGUGUUAUUAUGGGAAUAGUUGUGCUUUCUGUGCUUUUGAUUAUAGGUUUGCUUAUUUUGUUAAAACAUUUCUGUCAUCGAGGAAUGUCUGAACAACACUUACUGCACAAAGCUGUACAAGAUAGCUCGGUUUCAGGAUACUCCUUCGAGCUUUCGACAAAUGCAAGUUUUAUUUCUCAAGCUGCAAAUUUAGCCAGACAAGGUCACCAAGUAUGUCAGUCCUUUUCCUUAGAAGAGUUAAUAGAAGCUACUAACAACUUUGACAACUCUUCCUUUUUGGGAGAAGGAUCUUAUGGGCAGCUAUACAAAGGAAGGCUAAUGAAUGGGGCAGAAGUUGCUAUAAGGUGCCUGCAAUUAUCAAAGAAAUUUUCGAUUCGAAAUGUAAGACUCAGGUUGGAUCUUCUUUAUAAGCUGCAGCACCCACAUUUGGUACGCCAUUUAGGCCACUGUCUAGAUAGUGGUGGCCAAGGAGAUUACAAUCUGAACAAGGUCUACCUUGUAUCUGAAUUUGUACCAAAUGGGACUUUUCGUGACCAUCUUUCUGAGAACAACCUGAGAGAAGUGCUCAACUGGCCACAAAGACUGACAAUACUAAUUGGUGUUGCCAAAGCCGUACACUUCCUUCAUACUGGAAUCAUACCUGGUUUCUUCAACAACAGACUGAAGUCAGAUAACAUCUUGCUCGACCAGCAUCAAAUGGCGAAAUUGAGUGAUUAUGGAAUGUCAAUAAUCUCAGAAGGAACUGAAAAUUUUGUGGCAAAAGGAGACAAUUAUAAAUCAUGGCAAAUGACAAGUUUAGAAGAUGAUGCAUACAGCUUUGGCUAUAUAAUAUUAGAAGCAGUAGUUGGGCCUUCCCAAUCUGCUAGCAGAGAGGCAUUUCUGCUCAAAGAAAUGACAACUCUGCAGAGCCAAGAUGGGCGGAAGCGAAUAGUUGAACCAAUUGUUCUAGCUACAAGCUCACAAGAGUCACUGUCGAUUGUGAUCUCCAUAAUGCAGAAAUGCAUAUCUCCAGAUGCAAGUCGUCCAUCUUUUGAAGACAUACUUUGGAAUUUGCAGUAUGCAACUCAAGUACAAGCAACAGCAGAUAGUGAACAAAAAUAAAGAGGUACUCCAUGAAACCACAAGAUUUGACAUGCUUGAAGUAGAAGGACAUGUGAAAUGAGGAGGUUCAAUCUAGGCAGUUCUUAUAAGAACAAAUAAUAUGAUUCAUUUUUUCUUGUUUUAAUUAUAACAUAGAUCUCUGUCUCCUUGUAUUCUUCAACAAGAAGUCACUGCAGGGUAAGACCAUACUAUUUGAAUAUACAUCAAUUUGUAAAUUAAAGAGAAAUAUCAAUCAACAAGUCUUUAUGAUUUUCCUGUAA